CUCUUCACUAAAACGUAAAGAUGUGACAUUUCUCUUUUAUGUGCGAUUAUUGAAAAUAUUAAUACAUCAAAAUAAAGUUUUAUUUCAUAAUAGUACAUUUUAAUUAAUAUAUUCAUCAAAAUGAUGAAUCCACAAAGUGUUUUUGGAAUCCAGAGUACGGCUGGUGCUAUUCCCGUACGAAAUGAGAAAGGUGAAGUUUCUAUGCAAAAAGUCAAAGUUCACAGAUACGUAUCUGGUAAGAGACCUGAUUAUGCACCAUACGAAAGUUCAGAAUCCGAAAGUGGAGAAGAUGAUUUCAUUGAGCGACGAAAUCGUAGAUCACACCGUGAUCCCGAUCGCGAACAACCAGAACUAUCAAAAAUGGACGAACGAGAAGGUGAUGAAAUGGAUGAUCCAAGAUUGCGACGUUUAAAAUCACGACCAGUUGAGGAGGAUUUGGAUAUUGAACAUCGAGCACAUCGUCAUCGCCAUAUCCAUGAACCAGAAGUGCUAGAAACAAGCGAAGAAGAAGAACAAGUAGAAGAAGAGCCACAAGAAGUUGAACGUAUUCGACCACGACAUACUGUUGAAUGCUCUGAUGAUUCAGAAUCAGAGGGAGAUUUAAGUGAUGAAGAAAUUGAGCGACGAAGACAACUCUUACGACAACGGGUUUUGAAUAAAAAACAAGAAGAGGAAAUCCUUGCUAAAGAAGAUGAUGGGAAAUCUGAAGAAGAAAGUUCAGAAAGCUCAGAAUAUGAAGAGUACAGUGAUUCCGAGGAAGAAACAGGACCCAGAUUAAAACCUGUAUUUGUUCGUAAGAGAGAUCGUAUUACAAUUAUCGAGAAAGAAAAAGAAGAAUUAAAAAGAAAACAAAGUGAGAUUGAAGCUAAAAAAAUGGCUGAUGAGCGUAAACGACAAACUCUACGUAUGGUUGAAGAAGUUAUCAGAAAAGAACAACAAGCUAAAACCGAAGAUAACGAACCAAAUUUGAAUGAUAUUUGUACUGAUGACGAAAACGAUGAAGUUGAGUACGAAGCAUGGAAAUUACGUGAACUUAAACGAAUUAAACGAGACCGUGAAGAACGUGAACAACUAGAACGCGAACGUUUAGAAAUUGAUCGAUUACGAAACAUGACCGAAGAAGAACGUCGAUUAGAAAUGCGAUUGAAUCCCAAACAAAUCACAAAUAAGGCAGCAAAAGGAAAAUACAAAUUCUUACAAAAAUAUUAUCAUCGUGGAGCAUUUUAUUUGGAUAAUGACAGUGAUAUUUAUAAAAGAGAUUUUUCAUCUGCUACAUUGGAAGAUCACUUCGAUAAAACAAUUUUACCAAAAGUUAUGCAAGUGAAAAAUUUCGGUCGAUCGGGUCGUACUAAAUACACUCACCUUGUUGAUCAAGAUACAACGCAUUUUGAUUCACCAUGGGUUAAUGAAUCGUCACAGAAUUUGAAAUUUCAUAAUUCUCAAGCUGCUGGUAUGAAACAAGUAUUUGAUAAACCGUCGUUAAAGAAAAAACGAGAGCAUUAAAAUGUUUUAUAAUUAUG